AUGGCUCCCCCCGCUGGUGAGACUGUGACGAUCUCGAUCCGACGUCCCAUUGACGACCCCAUCUACCUGGCCGGCACCUUCUCCAACCCCCAAUGGGAACCCGUCGAGCUCAGCUCCAAGCCUGUCGACACCGAACCCGAUGAGGACGGACUUAUCUCCACCGAAUAUCUCUUCUGGCACGAUCUGACCCUGCCUCCCGGCCAACAUCAGUACAGAUUCCGUGAGGGGAAAAAGGGCCCGUGGUUUCAUGAUGAAGCUGUAAAGCAUGUACCGGGCGAGGGUGGCCUCGUCAACGUGCUUACUGUUGGGGAGAAGGAGUCCGCGGCCGAUGCUGUUCAGCCCGUUGUGGAGAACGAUGUCAGCGAGAAGACGGAAGAGACUGUGUCGGAGGGCGCUACGCCCAAGGAGAACGGGGUCAAUGGAGUCGCCGAGCACGACACAUCUGCGCAGGAGUCUACGCCCGAGGAGCACCAGCCUGAGCCUCUCGCCACUCAAAAAGAGACCGAGCUGGAGGAGCCUGUCACUAACGGCAGCACCGCGACCCCUGAGGUCAAUGGCACCGAGACUGUGGAGCAGCCCUCGGAAGAAAAGCCUACAGUCACUGCGAACGCCCCCGAAACCGUGGAAGAGAAGCCCGCCGAAGCCGAGACAACCUCUGAGAAGGAAGAAGCCGCCGCCACUGAGACUCAAGAAGCUCCAGUCAUCACUGAAUUUGCCGAAGCCGCCACAGACGCCGACAGGGACCAAACCAAGGAAGAAGAGCCGGCCAAUGCUGUUGAGAGCGCCCCAGAAACCGACAGCAAGGCAGCUGAAGAGCCUCAGACGGAGAAGGUCGCUGACGAGCCCGUGUCCAAGGUUGAAGAGCCUGCUACCGAGAGUGCGGCUGUAGAGACUGCCGCGGAGGAAACCCCUGCAGUGGAAGCCGUCUCGGAGAAGCCUGCUGAGACCGAGCCCGUUGCGACUGAGACUGAGGAAUCGACCGCCCAAGAGCCCGUCGAGGAGCAGCCCGUCAAGGAGGUGGAGGCAACUGAGGCCGCGGUGGUCGAGUCCACGGAAGAGGCUGUUAAGGAGGAACCCGUGACACAAGAGCCAUCCGAGUCUGCUGUUCCUGUCGAGUCCACGACUGAACCCAGCGCUGCGGCCAAGGAGCUGCUCGAGGAUAGCAAGACCCAACAACCUCUCGAAGUUGCUGCUCCUGCAAUUUCUGCUGAGGAGUCUGUCGCUCACGAGGCUUCCGAGAACUCCGAGGAGACCCCUGCUGUUGAGACCCCUGCUGUUGAGACUUCUGCUCAGGAGCCUGCCAAGGAGGAGCUUCUCACGGAAGAGCCUGUGAAGGAGGAACCCGUCAAGGAGGAGUCCGUUGCCGAGCCUAGCACCGAAAACUUUACGGAAGAGCCUGUUGUCACCGAGACGCCAUCGGAGGCGGUUUCUGCUCAAGAAUCGACUGAGACGCCUGCCACCGAGGGUGCCGAAGCCGAGCAAGCCGCGGAGGAACCUACCGAGACCCAGAUCGCAGAGACUUCUGCCAUUGAGCCUCUUCCUGAAGUGGCUUCUACCGAGGCGGGCGAGAAGGAAGAGCCUGUUGCGGAGCCAGUCACCGAGAAGUCUCCCGAGAUUGCUGCUGAGGUUGCGCCAGUGGAAGCCGCCGCCGAAACCACGACCGUUGAUGAGUCCAUGGCUGAAGAAUCCGUGCCUGAGGAGAAGCCUGUAGAGGAGGCUGUCACUGAAGCCCCGGCUGAGGUAGCCGCCACUGAAGCUUCUGAGCCCGCCAAGGAGCCUGUCGCUGACGAGCCUACUCCUGAGGUCUCUCAUGCUGAAUCUGUGGAGGAGCCGAAGGAGACCACGGUUGUUGAUGACAAGGUGAUGGAAGUGAACGCCGUUGGGGAGCCAAUGGAGCCACCUGUGGAAGCCGCCAACGAACCAGGCCAGACCGAAGCCGCUGCCGAGGAACCUACUUUGGAAGGCGCAACCGCCGAAGCCACUACUCAGGAGGAGCCUGCUCAUCAAGAGACCGUUGCGGAGGAGCCGGUUGCUGAGACUUCUGCUGAAGCCACUACCCCCGAAGCCUCUGCUCCCGAGAUCGUUCAAGAGCCUUCUGAGAAGGAAAUUGUCACUGAGGAGCCAGCCGUGGAGAACUCUGAAGAGGCUGUUGUGGAAGAGCCGGUUGUUGAGGAGCCUGCCGUUGAAGUCCCUGUUGAGGUGGAAAGCGUGAAGGAACCUGCUGUUGAGCCCACCCAAGAGCAGACCGUGGAGGAGCCUGUGGCUGAGAAGCCGGUUGCCGAAACUUCAGUGGAAGAGCCUGUCAAGGAGGAAUCUGUUGUUGAAGCUCCUGCUACUGAAGCGCCCGCAGUUGAGGAGCUACCUGCUGAGACCACUUCUGAAAAGGCGACAGAAGAGCCUGCUGUUGAGGAGGCAGUUGCUGACGCAGUUGUUGCUGAGGUUACUGAAGAGCCAGCUACCAAGGAGGAAUCCGCCGUCGAGGAAUCCGCCGUCGACCCGACUAUCGAGAAGGCCUCCGGAGAGCCUGCCAUUGAGCAACCAGUCGCCGAAACCACCCUUGAGAAGGAGAUUGAGAAGGAGCUCACAACGGAGGAAGAGCCAGCUGUUGAGGCCACUCCUGAGGUUACUCACGAAGAAGUUUCGGAGGAAUCCAUCGCCGAGACUCCUGCUAUGGAAGAACGCAUUGCUCAAGAACCUGUUGCUGAGCCGAUCGUUGCUGAGGUUGCUGAGACUGUCAAAGAGCCUUCGGCUGAUGCAGUGACUGCGGAAGAGCCUGUAGCAGAGGCCAUUGUUGCCGAGACUGCCAAGGCCGUUGAAGAGCCUACUCAGGAGACCCCCGUUGCUGAGGAGCCAACUCCCGAAGCUCCCACCGUGGAGGAAGUUGCUGAGCAGGAAAAGAUUGUCGAGGAGCCCGUCGCUGAGGCCACUGAAGAGCCCGCUUCUUCCACUGAGCAGCCAGCUCCCGAGACUUCUGCUCCCGAGGAACCCGCCGAGGAGACGCCUGCUGUCGACACUACUGCCACCGAGACUACCGAAGAGAAAGCUCAGGAGGAGCCUACCGUCGGUGACGAAGAGCCCGUGGUGGAAGCCGCCGCUGCUGAGGAACCCGUUACCGAACAGCCUACCGUCGAAGAGCCCGCCCAAGCCGAACCAGCUGCCGCUGAGCCCGUGACUGAGAAUGUUGUUGAAGCUGCAGAGACCGUUCAGGAGCCUGUUGCGGAAGAGCCUGUCACCGAAAAGGUUGCCGAAGUCGCGGAGCCCACUCAGGAGGAGCCUGUCGCCGAGGAAUCUGCCCAACCCGAGCCAGCUGCUGCCGAGAAGGUCACUGAGGAGAUUGCUGAAGUUGCGGAGCCCGCUCAGGAGAAAUCAGCUGUGGAGGAGCAAGCGCCCGAGGUUCUUGUCACCGAGGAGCCCACCGCAUCCGAGCCAGUGACUGAGGAGGCUGUCGCUGCUGAAGAGGUUGCUCCUGUUGCGGAGGCGCCCGCCGAAGAGACUCAAGAAGAGCCCAAGGAGGCCCCUGUUGUCGAGGAGACUCCCGCUGUGGAGGAGAGCGUUGUUCCAGAGGUCGCCCUCGAGAAGUCUCACGAGGAGCCCAAGGAGGCACCUGUUGUUGAGGAGGUUCCUGCUGUGGAGGAAACCCCUGCUGUCGAGGAGACUCCUGCUGUCGAGGAGACUCCUGCUGUCGAGGAGACUCCUGCUGUCGAGGAGACUCCUGCUGUCGAGGAGACUCCUGCUGUCGAGGAGACUCCUGCUGUCGAGGAGACUUCCUGCU